CUCCUCCGGUGCUUUUUUCAUGCAGGACAAGGAGAAAGUUUCAUGGCUUAAACUCUUAAGAUUUCAGGAGACCUGCCACAAAGGAGAAAUCUCUGCUUUUCUCUUGGAGAGGCUGGCCAAUCUCAGGAAAGGCCAAAGAAGGUUUGAAGUUGGUGCUCGUGAGCUGAGCUUCCAACUUCUAUCACCAUGGAUUGGAAGACCUUACAGGGCCUGUUGAGUGGAGUAAACAAAUACUCCACUGCUUUUGGCCGCAUCUGGCUCUCUGUGGUCUUUGUUUUCCGUGUCCUUGUUUUUGUGGUAGCUGCUGAGCGGGUGUGGGGAGAUGAGCAGAAGGAUUUUGACUGCAACCACAGGCAACCUGGUUGCACUAAUGUCUGCUAUGAUCAUUAUUUUCCCAUCUCCCACAUCCGUCUCUGGGCACUGCAGCUGAUUUUUGUCACCUGUCCAUCUCUGCUCGUCAUCAUGCACGUGGCCUAUCGUGAGGACAGAGAGAGGAAGAACCGGGAAAAAAAUGGGGAAAAUUGUCCCAAACUAUAUAGCAACACUGGAAAGAAACAUGGUGGUCUUUGGUGGACUUAUCUCCUCACCCUCUUCUUCAAAAUGGCGAUUGAGAUCAUUUUCCUCUAUCUCCUCCAUAGAAUAUGGGACAGUUUUGACCUGCCACGCCUGGUCAAGUGUGAUAUGCAGCCUUGCCCUAAUACAAUUGAUUGCUACAUUGCUCGGCCAACUGAGAAGAAGAUUUUCACUUAUUUCAUGGUAGGGGCAUCAGCUCUUUGCAUUGUCCUCACCGUGUGUGAGAUCUUCUACCUCAUCUUCAAGAGGGUAGUCCGCUCAAUGCAUAAAUGGAAGAAGAACAAGAAGUCACUGACAUACAGCAAGGCCUCCACCUGCCACUGCCAUUUGAGGAUGGAACAACCACAGGACGGGAAAUUAAAAAAUCCACCCUUGGAAGCCCUCAGAGCUUCUGCACCUAACCUGACUUUGAUCUGAGUGGGAGAAGAAGCAAAUCCGAAAUGGCCCCAUUCCAGGACACAUAAGUCGUUUUUUUAAACAUGAAAUGGGGAAAGAGGACUUGAAGUGGAGGUCUUCCAUUGUAUCACUAACCAAAUUUUCCACAAAGGAAGGGCCACAAUGAUUGAAGGGGAGCACUGCCAUGUUUAUUCAGGUCUUAAGACAAGGCCAUCUGUUUACAUACGAUAACUAAACUAAGCAUGCACACUUAAUAUGCUCUGGCAAACCCUGCUAGAAAAGUUGUAACCUUCUACAUCCUCAGGUUUAUGCUUUCUACUUUUCCAAACUAUCUCACAAGGAAGGUAAACAUCUGCAUACAAUAUGUUGUGAUCUUUAAAACUUACAACAGCUAAACUCUAUGACCUUGGAUUUCUUCCUCUGAUUUAUUUAGUUGUUUAUAGGGUUGUUUAUAGAGCAUUAGUCACUGAAUUUUCUGCCAAGGUGGGGGGUAAAUUAAUUAGGGAAAUUCAGUAAACAUGCAUUAUUUAACCCAGAUGUCCUCCCGUCUCUUGCAGGCCACAAUUCUCUGAAAUGACAAAUGCUAAUGUGGUCUGCAAAGCAGGUUAAACAAAUCACAUUGAAAGGUUGUUUCAGCCGAAUUUCCUCUCUUGAAUUUCACCUGGAGGAAAUCCACCAUGAAUUUGGAGUUCUUGUUGAGAACAAAAAUAUCUGAGGAACUCCAAGAGAAGCAAAGUCUUGCUAUGCACAUUUCUUCAAGGAAGAAGAGAGAUUCUGUUUAUACCAUUCCAACCCCAUCUGUAGUUGAAUUUGAUUCCUGAUGACUGUAUCUGUGUAUUUUCCACAGAAAGUCCUUUCACAUAAGAAAACAAAAAGAUUAUGUUGAGUUGGGUUAAAAAGGAAUGAGACAGUAUUUUCUUCUCCGAAGCCUUCUAGAGAGGACAUGGCCUUCUACUCUCUGCAAAACAUAGAAGUAUCCUGACAAGGAGAGCUGAAUUUGGUAUAGAUAGAAGAGUUGGUGGGGGAUAAAACUUUCCCAAGUUCUCCACCCCUGAUCUUUCACCCUGUUUUGUAACAGAAGACGUCCACAGAAAUCAAGACUAAUGUAACAUUUGACAUUCAUUUGGAAGGAUUAGUCCAGAGGAAAGGGGGCAUGUCAUAACAAAAGAGAUGGAAGGAAGCAGUUAGUCUAAAUCAAUGUUUACAGCUCAGUUUAGCCAGAAGAAACAUAGCAACAGAAAAGAUUUCACUAUUAGCAGAAGAAGGUAUUUUGAGAAAAGUGGAGAUAAGGCUACAGAACUUUUCAGGGAGAGUUCGAGUCCCCUUAAUUAAGAGUUUCACAUAGACCCUCUUUCAUGCAGAGCAAGAAUUAAAGUCAUAUUUAAAAGAUUUGCUUGGCUGAUGCAUCUGUUGCUGUGGGAAAGAAAAUUGACUAUGGACAAAGAUUAGGCAGGACCCAUGCCUCACUCUGGAACAGGUUAGCAAGAGACAGCAGGCAGGAGUCCCUUUGUUUUAAUUAGUUUUUAUUAUAAAAGUUUUUUACAAAAUAGAAAC